AUGAAAGAACACAUCAUAUAUCAGAGGCUUUAUGGAUUGUUUCUCAUGUCGAGUUUUAUCUUUCUCUCAGAUAUGCUUUCACUAAAAGGAAAAAAGCUGGAUUUUUAUGAAAGAGGUGACACAUAUGUAAGCCUAAAUAACACCAUUCCUGAACUCAGCCGAUUCACAGCAUGCAUUGACCUGGCAUUCAUGGAUAACAACUCAAGAUAUUGGACCGCCUUCUCCUAUAUUGCUAAUAACACCCUCCUGGGAAGAGAAAACAUAGACCUUGGACUUGCAGGAGACCAUCAGCAGCUAAUACUAUACAACUUGGGCAAGACCUUUUAUAUCCAUUAUCACCUGACUCCAUUUCAAUGGCAUACAGUAUGCUUGAUAUGGGAUGGUGUGAAGGGCAGAUUAGAGAUCUUCCUGAAUAAAGAAAGGAUACUGGUAGUAACCGAUCAACCACAAAACCUGACACCUAAUGGGACUUUGGUCCUAGGGCACUUUCUCAAGAAUGGGGACAGCCAGGUUAAAAGCAUGGUACCUAGCUUUCCCGGCAGCUUGUACUACUUUCAACUCUGGGACCACAUCCUGGAAAAUGAGGAGUUUAUGAAGUGUUUAGAUGGAAAUGUAGUUAGUUGGGAAGAAGACGUUUGGCUCGUCAACAAAAUCAUCCCAACUGUUGACAAGAGGCUGCGCUGCUUUGUUUCUGAAAAUGUGACAAUUCAAGAAACAAGUACGACUCUUUCACAACAAACAGAUUUGACAACUCCAGCCCGAAUUACUGGACUAAAACCACAAAAGACUGCACAUUCCUCUACAGUGUUGUCUAAAAGCAUGCCUAUAUUUGCUACUGAUUAUACAACCAUAUCAUAUUUAAAUACAACAUUUCCACCUCUAGAAACAACAACUGCACCAAAAACUUUUAGGAUAUCCAUAGCUGAGACAGCUACACUUACAGCAGAUGUUUUAUCUACUUCAGCAUCUGUCACUCUGCCUAUCCAGAAUACAUCCAUAGACACUACCACUAAUUCCCUGAAAAUAACUAAAUCUCCAUCUUCAGAAAGCACAAAGACAACAAAAAUGGCUGAAGCCAAGGCUACUGAGACCUUUCAUCCAAAUACAGCUACUAAUUUCCUGUCCACAUUUGGAUUUACCAAUAAUUCAAUUGUAUCUAAAACUUUAGCAAUUGAAUCUCAGUCGGCUGUUAUGAAGACAACAUCUUUAGUCUCGACUAUCGAGUCAAUGUCCAUGUCUACAGCAUCUUGGCCCAAAUACAAAUCCACAGAUAUUUGGAUACUCCCUGUCUCCACAGCUGGCCAGAAGUUUCUUGCAUCUACAGCUGCUGAAACUGUACCUUGGUCCACAGUGGAAGAGACUUCAGCGACAACUGCUCUCAUUGGGACUGCAUCAGCAUUCCCACCUGAGUCUGUGCUCAUCUCCACAGCUGCUCCCGCAGAUUCUGUAUUUCCUAGAAAUCAGACAGCGUCUACAUUGGCAACAACUGAUGCGGCGGCAGCAUUUACCGUCCAUUCAGUGACUCUCCCAACUAGACUUGUUGAGACCACUCCUGCCCUAGGAAUAGCUGAAACAGAAUUGACAUCUACAAAUUUUCGGGAUGUUUCCUCAUCCAGAGUAGAAGAUGUCAUGUCUACCUCCACGCCAAAAAACACUUCCUCUAUGGCCCAUUCUUUCAUAACAUCCUUUAUGUUUACUGAAACUCAGAGUGUAAAGACAGUUAUUGGUGCUGAAACGACACAUACAGCCUUGACCUCUGGAAUCACACUUGCACCUAUAGAGGAUGAAACUAUGCUUUCCCCCACAAUCACAGGACCAGUAUAUACCCAGAAAACUCCCACAGCUGGUGAACACAUGCAUACUUUGAUUUCCACUAGAUUGGCUUCCAAAUCCAAGGUAUCUGAGUCAGUUCCCACAUCUACAACUGAUGAAGCUGCCUAUCUAUUCUCCACCAAUGAGACCAUUUGGACUUCCAGGCCAGACCAGACACUAUUGACAUCUAUGAAUACAACCACCAUGCUUACAUUUGUGCCUAAUGAAAAUUUCACAUCAGCAUUCCAUGGGAGUAAUACAGAACAUUCAUCCACAACUACUGAUAUUAUCACCCCACCAGAAGCAGCCACAGAGAGUGAGGCUACUACUACCACUGAUGCUACUACAACCAGAUAUACAACAGCUCUAUCUAAAUUGACAUCUCCAUGGUUUGCUAAGUUCUCCACAGUUUCUGGAACCACAUCUGUAACCAAUAUGCCUGAGUUUAAAUUUACUACUUUACUUUUUAAAACCAUCCCUAUGUCCACAGUAGCUGAAAAUGAACUUCAUUUGACACCAGGGGAGACAGUUGUUUCACCAGUAGAUAUAAUAUCUACUCUUGCUGACAUUAAACAAAAUUUUUCUACUGAAGAAAGUGCUUCUGAGACUACACAAAUGGAAAAAAAUGGUACAAUUGCCUUUGGAGAUACAACAGCCCCUAUAGCAAAGUCUACAACAACUCAAAGAUUUAAUUCUACUGUGGCAAGAAAAGAAACAACUUCCCAUAAUCUUAAGGGAAAAUCAACUGUAGCAGCGGUAACUGAGGUUUCUCCAUUUUCAACAAUGUUGGAAGUGACAGAUGAUUCAGCACAAAUGGUGACAGCUUCUGUCACUGUUUCCCCUUUUCCUGAUAUAGAAAAGUUGACUACCCCCUUGAAUAAUAAAACUGCAACUACUGAGGUGAGAGGAAGUUGGCUAUCAACAAAAUUGGUGAAAACCACACCUAAGAGUUCAUACAAUAAAACUACAGAAAUCUUUAAUUCUACCCACACCUAUACAGCACAUUGGACUUCAGAGAUAUCUAAAGGGACUUCAACUCCAUCUCCUACUUCUAGGAUCACACAGAUAUUCCCUGAACCUCUGGGUGCUUCCACCUCAAGGAUAUUGGAGACCAGUUUCCCCACUACCCCUGAAGACAUGAAAACUAUCUCUUUGUCUGCCAGUAUCUUGCCUUCAAAGCCUACAGCUGUUCAUUCUUCAGCAACCCUUAUGCCUGUUACCCAUAUGUUCUCACUGCCAGUUAAUGUCUCUGCUGUGGUGUCUGAGGAGGUUAAGAGGACCAUGUCUGAGCCUUCUACACUGGCUAAGGCUUUCACUACAUCUAUGCUCUCAGGUGUUUCAAAUACAUCAUCAACUACAGUGACCACAGCACUGGUGCCACCAUUGGAUCAGACUGCUUCUGUGACCAGCGAUACCAUGCCUACCCACAGAGACUUGAUUCAUACCACUUCACAGGCCUCGGUGAUCUCUGUCAGAAUGACACCCAUGGCAGUUCCCUCUCUGACAGAAACUUCACUCCCCUCGCUGAAAACCCCCACUCUUGUGACAGCUAAGGCUGAGACCACUGUUUCCUCCACUUCAGUUGACAAAGUAAUUCCAUCCACACACACUCUUGUCUGCUCAAAAUCUCCCCUUAACAACAUUCCUAUUGUGUCCUCCACUCACGUGAUAUCAACCACAUCUACACCAGGAACAACUCAACCCAUAUCUCAAGUGGAGAAGACUUCUACCUAUGCUCUCAGCUUUCCAUAUACUUUCAGUGCUGGUGGAGAUGUUAGCUUGGCUACUGGCACCACAGAGACCCCUGUUGUUGAUGAGACCAUGUUCUCACAUACCUCUGCCAAUGAGCUCACUACCUCAGUAGAUGGUCACAUUUCUCAAUCUGCCACACAUCUUGUAAACACACCGAUCUCCAGCCAAUUGUUGACUGGCACCUCUAUCUUACCAUCUGACAAAGACCAGAUGACCAGCUCCCUGGUGAAAACUCCUAAAACUAUGGAGGUGACAGAAAUAUCCCCAUCAAAGAAUUCUUUUAUUUCACAUUCCCAGGGUACUUCAUCCUUGGAAAUGACAGGCACAGGAUUUUAUGAGACCACAAAAAUUUCCAUUCACCAAACACAUUCACCUUCAGAGGUUACACUUGGGACUCCACCUGAUGGGAAUUCAGCUUCAUCUCCCACUUCUGGGAGCACACAGACCACACCUACUUUGACCUCAAGUAACACAGUAGAUGUUGACAUUUCAGAAAUGUCUACCAGUAGUGGGAAAUUGGCUCUCCCUUCACAAUCUCUGACAAUCACCACUUUUUUGCCUCCUGAAAAAGAAAGCAAGAGUGCCCUUUCAGUAUAUACUCCCAGGACUGUGGAAAUGAUAGUAACCUCCACCUCAGUGACACAUCCUGUCUCAUACCACCAGGAUACUUCAUUUGUAGAUACUACAACUUCCAGAACCACCAGAAUAUCAAAUCCUGUGAACAUAACCACAACUCUUUCACACUUGCCUUCACUUAGGACACAGCCUAAGGUGACUUCAGUUGCCUCUUCCAUUUCUGAAAGCACACAGACUUUCCCUGAGUCCUCGUCUCUCUCCACAAUCGGACUAUAUAAUGCCAAUUUUACAAUGAUUUCUACUGACAGGAUCACUCCAGCCCUUUCUGUUCCAAAUGUACCUACGACACUUCUUAGGGAAACCUCUGUGGCAACAUCCAUUCCUAUUUACCAGAUGUCUUCAUUGCCAGUUAAUGUCACUGUCUUCACCUCCAAAAAUGCUUCUGACACUCCCACAAUACUAAUAAGUAGGUCUUCUAAAACAACACAUCCAGAUUGUUUGAAAAGUCCCUCUAUAGUCACUUCUGGGCCUAUGUCUGAGAUGUCCUCCAUGCCAGUUAAUGACUCUGUUUUCUCAUCCACAGCAGUUUCUUCUGACAUUUCCACAAUAGUUGGGUCAUUCUCUACUCGAUUGUCUUCAAUUACCCCUAGAACUACUAUAACCAUACAAACAUCUACAUUGGAUAUCACCCCUGUGACAUAUGCUGAGCCUACUUCAAAAAGCACAAUGGUUUCCUCUGCUCUCACUACUUCAGAAAUGAUAGAGCUACCUUCAAGGAUCACGCCUACAUCCUCUUUUUCUCCAACAGAGCCAACAUUUUCCUCUAUGAAAACCAUUCCAACCACUAUUAUGGCUGGGACAGUGACUCCAUUUAUAGGCACCACUCCCUCCUAUCUACACAGUUCUAAGAAUGCUGAAGCUAUUUCCUCCAUUUCAAAGACCACAUUUUCGCCAUUUCUAUUAACAACCCAACACUCAUCACAAGGAGAUGAGGCUACAACUCUGGGCAUAUUACCUGGGAUUACUAACAGCUCCCUAUCUGCCAUGAGCAGUAGUAGAGUGGCAGCUAUCACAAAUACUUCUGUAUCUAAUGCUCCUCAUGUUAUAACUUCUUCUACAGUGGAGGUUUCAAAAUCCACAUUUCUGACUUCUGAUACAAUACCAAUGUAUCCAUUCGCUAACCUUACAACACUACCUUUUCCUACUGUAAGCACCAUACUCACCCAAACCACUCCUUCACCUACAAUGGGCAGUAUCACUACUGGCUUCCCAACUUCUCUCCCUAUUUCUAUAAAAAUCACAGAUAACAAUGUGUACAUUUCCACAUCCCCUGAGGCAUCCACCAGAACCACUGUGACUACCAACUCCAGGACUGUGUCUCAACCUCCAUUCUUUAGUGGAAUGAGUAUGUCACCUUCUACAACUGACCACACCCUAUCUGUUGGUUCCAUGCCUCUGCCUAGCCCUACAAUAACAUCUGCAUGGAGCAGACUUCCAGUUACAGCAGCACCUGCUACUUUAAUUUUUCCUAAACCCACAUUGGACUCCCUUCUAAAUAUUAUCACUACCACAUCUGCUGCUCCUGGAACCUCAUUUCCACUCAUAUCCACUGGAGUGACACAUCCUUCUACAACAACUGUGUCUUCACUAGUAUCUUCCUCUUUUGAGGCAACCUGGCUGGACUCCACAUCAUCCUUUGUAUCUAUGGAAGCAUCAACUUUGCCUAUUGCUGCUAAGUCCACAGUUUCCUUCUACAAUACUGAAAUGAGCUUCUCUGUCUAUGAUGAAGAGCCAAGGAUCCCUAUUACCAGUGUUAUAAAUGAAUUUACAAAAAAUUGGUUGAAUUCUGUAUUUCAGGACAGUGAAUUUUCUAUUACUAAUCUGAUCAUCCAAAUUAAAAGCAGAGACAUUUCAGAGGAAGAGAUGACCAUGGAUCGAGCUACUUCGGAACAGAGAGAAGGGCAAGGAAUGGCUACAAUUUCCCAUGUACUAUACAGCUGUGUCUGUCAGGUCAUCAUAAAGGCCAACUCUUCCUUAGCACCCACUGAAUUGAUUAGCAGGAUCAAAAGUCAAAUACAUGGCAACUUCACGCAUGGAAACUUAACGCAAGCUCAAUUGACGUUAUUAGUAAAGUCUGAACAUGUUGCGGUGAAAAAACUAGAUCCAGGAAAGUGCAAAGCCGAUGAAACAGCCUCUAAAUAUAAAGGGACAUAUAAGUGGCCAUUAACCAACCCUACGGAGACAGCACAAACUAGAUGCAUAAAAAAUGAGGAUGGAACCGCCACAAGAAUCUGUUCAAUCAGCGUCAACACCGGCAAAGCUCAGUGGGAAAAACCAAGGUUCAAACAAUGCAAAUUGCUUCCAGAACUCCCUGACAAGAUUGUGGAUCUUGCUGAUAUUACCAUAAGUGAUGGAAGCAUCCCAAUGCGAACUGUACCAAGAGAAAGGAUGCAGACACUUUCGGUCUGCUUAAAAGUGUCCCUCCUGCGGCGCCGCCUGCUCCUCCCCAGCCCCAGGCCCGCCCCUCCAGCCCAGUCCCUCCCCCCAGCCCCAUUCCGUGCCCCUCUCCAGCCCCAUUCCUGUCCCUCCUCCAGCCCCAGUCCCGUGCCCCCUUCCCAGCCCCCACCCUGCCCUCCCAGCCCCAGGUCCCUCCUCCCCCCAGUGCCCAUGCUCCCCCACCCCAUGCCCACUCCCCCGCCCACCGUCUCCUCCAGCGCCAGUUCCGGUGCCCCAGCCAGUCCCAUGCUUCCCUCUUCCAGCGCCCAUCUCAUGCUUCCUCCCCAGCCCCAGUGUCCCCAUGCUCCCUCCCCAGCCCCCACCGCCCCCUCCAGCCCCAGUCCCCACUCCCUCCUUCCAGCCCCCAGUCCGUCCCCCCCAGCCCCAUCCGCCCCCUCACCCCAUGCCGCGCUGCGCCCGCUUCCUCCCCCCCGCGCUCACCACGCCGCCGCCGUGCCUCGAAGAAAUACACCCCAUGUGCAAGAAAACCUCCGCACCAUCCCCUCAAGGAACAACUUGCCCAACCUCCUCACCCUCACCCCCGACAGCCCACGCCCCUCUGCCUGCCCCGACCGUCGCCUGCCCACUGAGCACGACGAACUCCCCUGCAGCAAUCCAACAAUUCUGAGGAUAAUUGAGCGUGCUGGCCAUAAGAUGGAGUUUUCUGGAAGGGCAGCAAAUAUGACGGCAUCCGGGUUGGCUUUGGCUGUGAUGAAGGUGGACCAUACAUUUGAAGGCAUGACCUUCAGCAUUUGCUCCUACAGAGAAGGAACAGACCCUGAGUGUUUUUUCACAUUGUCUGAUGCUAGUAGCCAUGACUUCGCAGCUAUGGUUGAUGAACCUCUGCAUUUGGGACGACAGAGUAGUCGAAAGAAUAGUGGCAGCCUGAGAAUUGUGGUAAUUCAUCGGCAGUCCCUCCAGUCCUCGGUGUACCUAGUGGGAAUGAGUAGAUUCUAUUUCGCGGGUGAGCAGGUGGGCUAUGCAAUGCUGUUUGUUGGUCUGGCAUCAGUACAGGUGGUCAGGAAGCUUUGUCUCAAGGGCAGGAUGAGAUAG